GUCAUGACUUCUAGUAAUCUUUUUCUCUUUGUAUUACUCAAUUUCUCUCUUCUCCUUCACCCUUCCUCCUCGUAUCCGUCUCUGUAUCCGUCUCUCGAUUCUUCUUUCUUUUCCCCUUCUUUGUUAUCGUCGUUGUUGUCGUCGUCGUCAUCCAUACAAAGAUUUAUAAAUGUAAGAAACUUUGGUGCAAGAAAUGAUGGGAAAACGGAUUCAACUCAAGCAUUUCUCCAUGCUUGGAAUGCUGCAUGUGGUUCAACAAAUCCUUCGAUAUUAUACGUACCAAAAGGGGAGUAUUUGUUAAAACCAUUGCAAUUUGAAGGAAGAUGUAAAAGUUCAUCGAUUUUGUUUCAAAUUGAUGGAACCCUAAUUGCUCCUAAUGAUUAUAGUGAUUUAGCUCAAUCUCAACAUUGGAUUGAGUUUCAUAUGAUUGAUGGACUUCAUAUUAAGGGUGGGGCCCUUGAUGCUAAGGGUAAGCAUUUGUGGAAUUGCAAGAUGGCUAAUCAAAAUUGUCCUAGUGGGGCCAAGUCCUUGAGUUUUGACAACUCGAAGAACAUAUUUAUUGAUGGUUUGACAUCAAUCGAUAGCCAAAUGUUUCACAUUACGAUUAAUGCAUGCCAAAAUAUAAAUAUGGCAAGGAUUACAAUUGCGGCGGAUGCUAAUAGCCCUAAUACUGAUGGUAUCCAUAUAUCGCAAUCGACUGGAGUUACGAUUAAGGAUUCGAUUAUUAAAACGGGUGAUGAUUGUAUUUCAAUCGGUCCAAAUAAUCGAGAUAUUUGGAUCGAAAGAAUACAUUGCGGGCCGGGUCAUGGUAUUAGUAUAGGGAGUCUUGGACGUGAUAAAUCGGAUGAAGAUGUAACGGUCCAAAAUGUGAUGGUGAAAUCAGUAAUAUUUACAGGUACUACAAAUGGGCUAAGAAUUAAGACAUUCUCAACUCCAGUUACAGGAAGAGUUCAUGACAUAUUUUUCUUGGGGGCCCGAAUGAAUAACGUCCAAAACCCGAUUAUCAUUGAUCAGAAUUACUGCCCACAUAAUAGUUGCCCUUAUGGACAGGGUUCCGGAAUACAAAUUAAUAACGUUGUAUACAAGGGUAUUCAAGGAACUUCAGCUUCAGAAACGGCAUUGAUCUUCGAUUGUAGUUCAAAGAAGCCAUGUUGGGGAUUGACAUUGCAAGAUAUUAAGCUAUCAUAUCAAUAUAAGGUUCCUCGUUGUGAAUCUAAACAUGCUUAUGGGAAAAUUAUUGGGUUUGUGCAACCUUCUCGAUGUUUAGGACACUAAAACAAUUGUUAAUGUU